AUGGCCAAGCCCACCACCACCACCACGGCUAAAGCUUACUCCCUCAUUAUCAUCACCGUGUUCCUGGUGGCGCUUCCAUGCCUAAGAGCUCAGUCGACACCCGCCCCCGCCCCGGCCACGGAGCCACCGGUUGCUCCGGGACCAUUGGCACCUUCACCAGGAGUGGAUUGCUUCAGUUACUUGCUUAAUUUAUCUGACUGCUUAACUUUUGUGGAACCUGGUAGCAAUUUGACUAAGCCAGAUAAAGCGUGCUGUCCUGAGCUAUCAAAUUUGCUGAAUUCACAGCCAAUUUGUCUCUGCCAAAUGCUUCGAGAUCCUAAUCAAUUUGGAUUGACAGUUGAUAUGAAGAAAGCCUUACAACUCCCUUCUGCUUGUAAUACUCCUCCAGUGAGCUUGUGCUCAGUCCUCGGUGUUCCAGUAGGAGCUCCAGCACCAAGCGAAGGCCCUAUCUCUUCUGGUGGACCAGUUGCAGCAAAUCCAGCACCAGGGAAUCGUGGUAAUGGAAGUCCAAGGAAUUUAGCCUCAACCCAACAUUUUCUUGUUGGAUUAGCAUUCAUAUUAUUUAUAAAUGUCUUUUAUAAUUAUUGA